AUGAGUGCAAAACAUCCACUCCGCGUGCUUGCCAUUGUGUCAGACAAGAGUCAGACAUGGGAACAGUCGCCAGAGGAGAUUAUCCCGUUUACUCUCCGGGUUAUUGCCGAAAACAAUCUCUGCGAUGUAACUGAAAUAUCCGUAUCCGACACAACCCUCUUAGCGAUACAAUAUUAUCGUACUCGCAAGAUGUUUAUUUUCGAUAUUUUAAAUGAACAUUAUGAUGCCGCGAAAGGGCAUCGACCAGAAGACAAUGAACUUCCUGUUGUUGUGAUCCACCUGAGUAAUAGAAAUAUUGCUUCCCAGCCUCACCCUGAAGAAUGCGCAAGAAUCAACGAGACUGUCAGAUAUCUCCAUGAUGCAAAUGGUUUUGGGUCCACCCCGCCUUUCGUUGAAGAUCACACUUCGGGAACUCCACCCAACUACCCAAACCCACGAAGUCUAACUCGCAGUGUGCCCCCCCAGAAAGCGCUGUGA